AGGUCGGCGCGAGGUUUGUUGCUGUUGGUAAUGAAACACCAUCUCCGAUGUUUAUUGAACAAAUCUGAAAAAAUUUCUAUAGAUGUCAGUGAAGAUGUUAUAUGUUCAGUGUACAGGUUUGAAAAGCCAGCUUGUUCCAUCGGAAGCUGCCAAACCACAUGUAAAUACAUAUCUUCCUGUUUGAAUGGUCUUCUGAAAAAAAACGUAUUGGAUGAACCACCGUGUAACGAACAUGAGACGGAACAUGCUGUUGAGCGGACUCAAGUGCACAACCGUAAUGGAUUGAAGAACUAUGGAAGUACAUGUUACUUGAAUGCAUUUUUGCAGCUUUAUUUUCGUUUCAAGGAACUUCGAAAGGCGAUAUAUAACGUGGCACCACAAGCUGAUGAAACUGGUAUAAUACAUCAAUUGCAACUGAUAUUUAGUCAGCUUCAGUUGAGCAACUCAGGAGUGGUUGAUCCUGGUGGUUUAAUUGAGGCUUUACGACUGUGCAAUACGGAACAGCAAGAUGCUCCCGAAUUUCACUGCUUAUUCAUGAAUUUAUUGGAAGCACGUUUUCAGCAAGUUGGUGUAUCCGUCAUUGACAACUUAAUACGAGGAGAAUAUACUUACGAAACUAUUUGUUCAACCUGUGGUUUCACAUCCCGAUUACCUUCAAAAUUUCUAGAAUUGUCCCUGAAAGUUUCGUCCAAAUCACUACCGGAUUGUAUUAGAGAUUACCUAAAGGAAGAACACUUGAUUGGUGACAAUCAGUAUGCUUGUUCUCAGUGUGGUUGCAAAAGAAAUGGUGUUAGGCGAGCCUAUAUAACUCGUGCUCCUUCCUUACUAUGCAUCCAGCUCCUUCGAUUCACUUAUGAUUCAAAAACUGGUCAACGAAAAAAGUAUAAAGCAUCUAUUCGUUUACCUGAUCUUCUUGAGCUAACAAAAGUUGUUAAUAACCAAAAUUAUAAUAAGCACUCGAGUUCUGAACAUUCGGUUGCGUGUUUAAGCACACAUUCAGAUCCUCCAUAUCGUGCCUAUCGCCUGUGUGGUAUACUUCUACAUAUUGGUAAUCAACCGACUUCAGGACAUUAUAUAGCUGUCCUCAGAGAUUCUUACAAAAGUAGCAGUACACCCGCUGAUAAGAGCACAGAACUGCAUGCUGCUGAUGAGCAGCAAAUAAAAUUGGAUGAAUGCUGGAGUGUUUGCAAUGAUACAGAUGUUUUCACUAUUCCAUCACAUCAAUUCAAAUUAGCUAAAAUUAAUGGAUCAGCUAAAUCUCUACAAAGUUAUUUAACCAGUACAGAAACUUCAGAAACACCAACAAAUCAGAAUAAAGUUGACCAACCACUUGAAAGAUGUUCUUAUCGUAAAGCUAAAAAGCGUCGUUGUGAUAUUUUAUCAACGAAUACAAGUGAUAUUACUAAUUUAGAUGAAAAUAUCGACUGUACAAUUUCUGAGAUUCCGUCGCAAAAUGGUUUAUGGCAUAGUUCAACUAACGCUUAUAUGAUAUUCUAUGAAUCAGUCGACAAUUGUAAUAUGGAUCAAGAUAUUCCUGUCCCUGCUGAAUUAAUCAAAACAAUUGAAGAAGUAAAUUUAAUUGAACAGGCUAAACAUGCUUCUGAAAUUCAUGAUCGAGUUAAUCGUAAAAAUCAGUUGCUCAACCUGCUCUCAGAAUUGAAACUACCCGAUCCUCCCAGUUCACUGUUAAACGAAUGUAGUUCAAUAACAAAGAGUCCUCUCUCCGGAGUUUCUUUGGUGUCAACAUCUUGGUUAUCCGAUUGUCUGAAUCAUCCUUCAUUACUGCGCGAUCCAACGUUGUCUACCUCUUCAUAUGAAAAUCAAGAACAAACACUUCUUAGGCUCAAAGGAUACAUAUUUCCUCCUCCUUCGUCUAACCAAUCCUCCUAUUCUCUACGCUUGUGUCCACAUGGUUGCUUUCCUACUGACCUCGUUGCAGGUUCAUAUAGAGCUGUUUCCACUGAAGGUCUUAAAAAGCUUGUUGAAAUUCUUUUUCCUGAAUCAGUUAACAAUGAUGUUUCUGAAAGUGCUAAAUUUGAUCAGUUUCAACCAUGUAAAAAGUGUAUAUCCUUAAAUGCUGCUCUACUGAAACUUGAAAAUGUAAUCAAGGAAUUGUCGAAAGAAGUGGACUAUUUUAUCAGAACUAAUCAUUUGUCUUUUUCAUUGAAUAAACGUAUAGAAGAUGAAAAGUCUGAACCAGAAUCUCAGGAUCUGGAAGCUGGUUAUUAUCUAGUCGGUAAAAGAUCUCUUCGGCAGUGGAGAACCCUUGCACGCCAAUAUACUCGGGCUCUUUAUUGUGACAAUGCUAAAGAUCCUGAUUCACAAACCCUGUUUCAUGCACAGACAACAUUGAAUCAUGAUAUUCUUUGUUCUCACAGUCAGCUUUGUACAGAAAAUGCACGCCAUCUACCAGCGAUACUCUGGCAUCAGUUGAUUGAUUUAUUCCCUGGUGCAAAUAUUCCAACAUUUCCUGUUCUCAUCCCAUACAAUGAUAACACAGUUAUCGAUUCCUCCAGUAUAUUGAAUAGUUCGCAGUCACCUUGUUCUGAAUGUAAUGCACUGCACAUUGACCUGACUAAACGAGCACUUUGUGAACGUCAGUUGCUUCCUGGUUUAUUCUUGUCAGCUUCUCAGCGUAUGCGCCUUUUACACUUCACUGGUCAAACAGCUAUGAUGAAGAUGAAAGAAGAUACUGUCAACAAAUCUUUCCUGUUGUCUCCUAAAGAGAGAAAGCUUGAUACCGAUUUAGGCUUACACAGUCGUGAUUCAGAUUCUAAAACUUCCACUGAGAAGGAAUCAAAUCCUGAUGCAAUAUACCUAAUCCCAAUGGAUUUUGUUAUGCAAUGGAAAAAAUUUAUUAAAAAUCCAACAGCUGAGAAUAUGCCUAUCUCACUUUCAUCUGGACUAAGUGCGGAUGGUGUACUUUGUGAACAUGAUAAGAUGCUGAAAACCUGGCAGAUGCUAAUAGAUGAAUCAACUUUGUGCCCUUUAUCGUCAUAUGAAUGGGACGUUCUCUCACAUGCCUACCCUCAUCGCCCACAGGAGAACGAUGAGCCUUUGGAUCUCAGUGACUUGGAAACGAAAAUAACAACCUACCCCACAAUGUACUUACUGCCACAGCACGAUUCUGAAUCCAGUUGGCGUUUAGAACCAUCUGUUUAUAAUACUUUAUGUCUCGAAUGCCACUCACAAUUAAUAACUAUUAAUCAGACCUACAAUAACGCCAGAAUCCGCAUACGUCUAGUGUCUGGUCUUGAUGAAGCAGUGAGUAGUUCUGUACAGUCAGCAUCUGUCAAUUCUUCUGUUACAGAUCCAAUGAUGUCACUGGAUUCUGCAGCUACAACAAAUACUUGCUCUCAGUCCGAAUUUAUCAAUACAAAUCCGGAUAAUCCUGAUCAGGUUGGUGGAACGCAAACACGGGUUUUGACAGUCGAUGCAAAAUUAGUAUUUGCACCGUAUGUCAGACUUCCAACUACAAUAUUCGAACGCUUUAUGGUAGGUAUACGGCAUGGGGAUAAGGAGCUGUAACUUUUACUUUCAAAAAAGAACCCCAUGUAUUGUCAACAGUGGGCGGAUAAGCCUUUACUCAAAGAAGUUUCCCCUUGGUUGACUUGUAAGCACUACUUUCAGUCACACUUUUAGUAUAUGAAAGUGAUGUCGGGCUGUAUUAAACAGUAUACUCCUUCGAGUCUGAAACACCGUGUUAGCGAUGAUCGUUAUCGUACUGCAUAUUGUCUCAUUUCUGAGUGAGUCUUGUUAGCUUGUAGCCUAAUUAUCAAGUAUUUCGUAUCAUGUAGUUAAGUGUAAGGUCAGGUAUAGCAACAAGUCUAAGCUGGUAUUUGCUCUGCUGCUUGAAGCUAUCACUUUUUGUCGGGUAGCUUGUCGUAAUUUAUCCUGGAUUUCAUUCUUCCCUAGUGUUUUGAUUGCCAAUUCAUUUUUAUUUUCCUUAGAAAAUGGAUAAUUUAAACAAAAUACGAUGUUAUUUUAAUGAACGAUCCACCAUAGAACAAUCCAGAGCAGAAAAAGGUGCGAAACCCUUAACUUCAUUCAAUGCAACCAAGGUGCCAACAUCUCCGGAUCACAACCGAGAAGAAAUAUGCAUCAUAUUCUAUGUGACAAUACGAAUAUUCAGUCUUCUAACCAUCUAGAGUCUUCAUCUGUAAAUUAUGUUCGACGUUCUACACGUCAACGCCUAAAUCCAAAAGAUUUAUUAAUCAAAGCCAACAGUAGUGAUACUCUGCUUAAUAUGAAAGUCCAAAUAAUGCAGAUAUUAGGUAUCAUGCCAUCUGACCAACAUAUUAUGUCUUGCGGCGUAGAACUCGUUGAUAAUACGAAAACAUUGUUGGAUUUAGGGAUCUGCUCUAAGAGCAUACUUUAUUUGUGGACAGACGAUCCGACAUGGGAUCCCAGUCGAACAAGUUUUGAUAAUGGAACAUUACGAUUGACCACACUAAAAUCGAAAUCAGGUAGUCCAUGCAAAUCAGCGACUGGUAAGUUUUACUGACAAUUCAAAGUUAUUUAUCAUUAAUAAUACUACUACUUUUACUUUCAAUCUUUGUUGUGAUUUCCCUAUCUCCAUGCAGUCUGUGCUUACCUUUAUUAAAAUUUAGAAAUUAUACCGAUUGUGAUAUUUCAUUCAAACAAUGUUUGUUGAUUCAAUUUAUAAUCCUAGAAUGAUAAUUUUAUAUGCUAAAUUUUAUCUGUAGUUUUACAACAUCAAGAUUUAUAUUCUAGGUUGUAGUGUACGAAUUAAUACAUAUACAGAUGGGAACCUGGUUAAAUUCUUCCAGUUAUGUUAAAACAUCCUAAUUUUCGAAUGAAGCAAUUUUACUGAUUCAGUGUUGAAUAGGUUGGUGAAAAAAAAUAAACAAUUCCCCAUUUUUAGUUGUAUUUAUCAGGUCAGUGUACAGUACUGAAAAUACUUCUGUCAUAAUCCUUUACUUCAGGAUGUUUCUUCAUAAUUAGAGCCCAUCCAUAAUAUGUUAUUGACCAUGGUACUUGGAGCAUUCUGGUUGCACUAUCAGAAGUCAUAUGCUCAUAGGCUAACUAUUCGACUUACUUGUCCACGAAAUGCUGAUAUGAAUUAGAGAAACAUCGAAAUUCACAAGCUGCCUAAAUGACACAUUGUCUAUCUUAGUUUGAGUUCCACGACAUUACUGAUAAUCCUCAAACAGAGAUGGUGCGUUUGUCGAAUUACUAUUUUUGAGUAUCUGCUAUUAGGAUUGUCUUUUCUUUUGGAGUACUUAGUUCUCUGACUUCCUGAGCAAUAUAGUUCAGAUAGCUGUUGGGUUCGAGUUCAAUAAUAAAUAAUGCUUACACUUCCUCUCUCAUCUUUAUUUCAGAGCCAAUUCAAGCUGAACCGGGAUUUAAGGGUACUCGAUUACUUGAAUACUGACCGUACUUAUUUCUUCUCUUACUUUUACCUUUUAACCUGAUAAUAAUCAUUUAUUGUUUUUCGUCUCCCCCUUUAUUUUAGUCUCCGUAUGUAUCGUGAACAGCUUCAUGAUUAAAUGUCUAUUUUUUGUUUUUAGUUGACGAGAAGUUGGACUUAUGAGAAUAUUUUUGUUAGUGUAUUUCAACUGUACAUAAAUCGUAUCAUUCAUUUUUAUUUUUCAAUAAAUGAUAAUGGAAACUCU